AUGCGACGGACUGGGGAGGAUCAGAGCAUCGUUCUCAGUGGCAUCACCGGCUCCGGCAAGAGCACAACACGAUCGCAUCUGGUCACGCAGCUGACGUUGUUAUCGACGCACAGCAAAAAGGAAAACAAGCUGCAGCAGCAGAUCCGCAAUGCAGCCGUCAUUCUCGAGUCCUUUGGCCAUGCACGCACCACCCAGAACAGCUCGGCCUCCAAGUUUGGCAUGUUCCAAGAACUGCAAUUCAGCGAGCGCGGCCGCAUUCUCGGCGCAAAGACGCUCACCUAUGCCUUUGACAAGGCACGCGUGUCAACCGUCCCGCUCAACGAGCGAACCUACCAUGUCUUUUAUGCGCUGAUGGCCGGUACGACCCUUGACGAAAAGAACGCGCUGCACAUCAACUUUGCAUUCGACUACUUCCACUACCUCAACCAAUCUAAAUGCAUCACCGUCAGCGACCGGAACGACGAAAUCAGCUUUAGCGACCUCAAGAGUGCGCUCAAGGUGUGUGGCUUCAAGGCCAAAACAGUGACCCAGAUCUUCCAGCUGCUUGCUGCCAUCCUGCAUCUGGGCAACCUCGAGUUUGUCGACAGUCGCGAGGGCGACAUGAUGGCCCAGGAGACCUGCAGUGUCAAGAACCACAAGGUGUUGGAAGUCGUCUCUGCCAUGCUCGGAGUUUCUCCCUCCAAACUUGAAACCGCGCUGACCUAUAAGCUUCGCUUGAUCCGCAAGGAACUGUGCACCGCGUUUAUGAAUGCCCAGGGCGCCACCGAACAGCGCGAUCAAUUGGCACAGGCUUUGUAUCAUGUCUUGUUCCUCUGGAUCGUCGAGUCAAUCAACACCAAGAUUUGCUACUCCGACCGUGAGCCGGCCAACUUUGUCGGUAUUCUUGACCAGUUUGGUUUCCAGAAUUUCAAGGACAAUGGCUAUGAAGAGUUCUCGGCCAACUUUGCCAACGAGCGAGUGCAUCAGUUCUUGAUCAACCAACGCUUCAAUGACGACGAAGGAGUGAAUCAACUCAUGCUACGUGACGGUGUUCCACUGCCACACGUCAUGACCAUGGACAACUCGGGCUGUUUGGAUCUGUUGAUCGGCAACAGUGAUCCAAAGUCGUUGGCAAAACCCUCUUCAUUGGGCGGUAUGGUCGGUUUGAUCGACCGCGAUUGUGCCAAAUACCAAAGCGGUGCUACGGAUGCCACGGACGCCAACUUGCUCGCCAACUUACAACGACAAUAUGGUUCUCACUCGUCAUUUGCAAAGACAACACAGACUUAUUCGUUCGGUAUCAACCAUUUCUCCGGCACUGUCCAUUACACCGUCGAUGGGUUCGUAGAAAAGAACUUGAACAGCUUGUCGCCUGAUUUUGUCACCCUGUUGCGUGACAAUAGCUCCAAUGCCUUUGUCACCAAUCUGUUUCAGAGCUCGGCCAUGGCGACCGAGUCGCAUCCCAAGGAUCAACGGACGAUUGUCAAGGCCCAGUUGACGAGUAAACCCACACGUGCACCCUCCAUGAAGCGACCAGGCACAAAACGACGAGCAGCACGUAAUGCUGAAGCUGCUGCUGCUGCUGCUACUACCGACGACAACAAGGACAGCACUACAAAAACAGCAGAAGAGAGUGAGGGCAAGGAUGAUCAAGACUACAGAAACGUAGAAGUGACGACCGUGCUUGACCAGCUCUACAUGACACUACGCGACCUAUUCGCAACAAUGUCAGACACGCGUAUCUACAACAUCAUCCACCUGCGGCCUAAUGACAUGCAGACGGCCGACAUGUUUGACAUGAAACGCAUCAAGUCGCAAGUCCGCGCAUUCUUGUUGCCCGACUUGACGUUACGCUGUGGCGAAGAAUAUGCCAACUACUACACGUUUGGUGAAUUUCUGAUACGAUACGAACGAUUGGUCAUGUCGUUACAGAUUGAUGAGUCCAAGUCGGAGCGGAGCAUGGCCGAGUCGGUGUGUGCCAUCAUGAAUUGGACACAGACACAAGCCUAUGUCGGCAACGACAUGAUUUGGUUAUCGUUUGACACGUGGAAGGAGCUCGAGGACAAUCUACGUGCGGCGGAAAAGGAAGAACGUGCACGGAUGAAGGCAGCAGGCGGUGUUGUGGGUGGUGAUGGCAAUACUGAUUUGAUGAGCGAUACCAUGGACGUUGAACAUCACAACCAGCAACUCUAUGAUUAUCAGGACAGCAAUGAUCGAUUACUUCCUCCUGGUGCAAUGCCACGGUCCUCGGUCUUUGAAGAUGGCGCAAGUUAUAUCGAAAGCGAUUACGGAGGCAUGAAGCGCGAGGUGGAUGGCAGUCAGUGGGGCGAAGAGUCCGAAUGGGGUAUGAAGGGACUUGCAGAAGGAUUUGGCCCCAACAUGGAUAUGAGCAAGAUGGUGGAAGACUAUCAGGCACCACAAAACGAACAAGUCGAAGAAAUGCCCAUCACAACCCUCCGUAUCUGGUGGGUCCGUUUCGUGUGGCUCAUGACCUGGUGGAUCCCGACGCCAUUCUUACGAUGGUUUGGCAAAAUGAAACGUGAAGAUGUCCAAAUUGCGUGGCGCGAAAAAGUGACCAUCUGUAUGCUUAUUUUCCUCUUUUCUGCCGUGGUCAUUUUCGUCAUUGUUGGACUUGGUGAAGUCGUAUGUCCCGGCACGCGGACCAUGUAUUCGGCCGGUAAUGUCAACGCACACAACGUCAAGGACGACAUGUAUGUCAGCCAUCGUGGUGUGGUGUAUGACGUGACUGGAUUUGCACGCAGUGAACACGGAACCACGGCCCUGCCUGCGGGUCCGGACGAAAUGGAAGCAUUGGCUGGUAUGGAUGUAUCCUACACGAUCCCGCCACCUUUAACGGUCGCCUGUCCUGGUCUUGUCACUUCGAGCACCAUCAGAAUCCAAGCCAACACGUCGAUCGUGGUCGGUCCUUUCCAACACUAUUCGGGUGACCAGUUGGCCAUCACGUCGUUGACAAAGAUGCAAAGCCAGUCGUGGUAUCAGAACCACUUUUUGCCACAGAUGAAACUCUACAAAAAGGGCAGCCUUGUUAUUCCAAUGAACACGCUCAAGGAAGACUAUGAAGGUUGGAGUCGGUAUGCCAUGGCCAUCAACGGCAAGGUCUAUGACUUGACCGACUAUUUCACCACAUCCGAAUACUAUGGCAGCGGCUCUAAUGCCAACGACUAUGCGUUCUUGUCGACCAACGUUGAAGAAAUCUUUAAAAAGUUCAGUGGUACUGAUGGAACCGACAACUGGAACACGUAUACCGCAUCCAUGUCCGCGGAAGAACGUAACAUGAACCUCAAUUGUCUGAACAAUUUCUUCUAUAUCGGUGACAUGGAUGUACGCGAUUCGCCCCGUUGUUCAUUCACCAACUACCUGUUGCUCAGUUUCGCCAUUAUCAUGUGUUUGGUCAUCGUCGUCAAGUUUUUGGCCGCACUUCAAUUCGGUGGCGCGCCCACGCCCGAAGACCACGACAAGUUUGUCAUUUGCCAAGUGCCUUGUUACACCGAAGGCGAAGAAUCAUUGAAAAAGACAGUUGAUUCAUUGACAGUGAUGAACUAUGACGACAAGCGCAAACUGAUUUUCAUUAUUGCUGACGGUAUGAUUAUGGGUGGUGGUAACGAUCGUCCUACGCCCCGUAUCGUAUUGGAUGUCCUCGGCUACGAUACCAAGAACGAUCCCGAACCGCUCAUGUUCAAAUCGAUCGGUGAAGGUUCGAAGCAGCUCAACUAUGGCAAAGUCUACUCGGGUCUGUACGAAUGCGAAGGUCAUGUGGUGCCCUAUAUCGUUGUCGUCAAGGUCGGCAAGGCCUCUGAACGUGCCAAACCGGGCAAUCGAGGCAAGCGUGACUCCCAAUUGAUCUGCAUGAACUUUUUGAACAAGGUCCAUUUCGACGGUGAAAUGACGCCGCUGGAGCUGGAAAUGUAUCAUCAAAUCAAGAACGUCAUUGGUGUCAACCCGUCGUUUUAUGAAUAUGUGUUGAUGGUUGAUUCGGACACAGAGGUCCAUACGAAUGCGCUGAACCACAUGAUUUCUACCAUGCUUCACGAUGGCCGUAUCAUUGGUCUUUGUGGUGAAACGCAGCUGGUGAACGAAGACAAGUCGUUGACGACCAUGAUCCAGGUGUACGAGUACUAUAUUUCCCAUCAUUUGGCCAAGGCGUUCGAGUCGUUGUUUGGUUCCGUCACGUGUUUGCCCGGUUGUUUCUGUAUGUACCGUGUCCGCACGCCCGUCAAGAACGAGCCAUUGAUCGUGUCGCCCAAGGUGAUUGGUGAUUAUUCGGACAACAACGUCGACACGCUGCACAAAAAGAACUUGCUCCACCUGGGUGAAGAUCGAUACCUGACAACACUCAUGAUGAAGCAUUUCCCGCAAUACAAGAUGAAGUUCACGCCCUAUGCCCAAUGUAAGACCGUCGCUCCCGAACAAUGGCAGGUCUUGCUAUCCCAACGUCGUCGAUGGAUCAACUCGACCAUCCACAAUCUGUUUGAACUGGUCCUGCUUCCCGAUUUGUGUGGUUUCUGCUGUUUCUCGAUGCGUUUCGUCGUCUUGAUCGACUUGAUCGGUACCUUGACCCUGCCCGUCUCUGUCGUCUAUCUCGUCUAUCUCAUCUACAUCAUCGCUUCCGGCACCGGUCCAAUCCCCAUCUUGGCACUGGCCAUGUUGGCAGGUGUGUAUGGUCUGCAAGCGCUGCUGUUUAUCCUGAAACGCGAAUGGCAACAUAUCGGCUGGAUGAUCUUUUACAUUCUCGCCAUCCCGGUGUUUUCCUUCUUCUUGCCCGUCUAUUCAUUCUGGCACUUUGACGAUUUCUCGUGGGGUAACACGCGUGUGGUCGUCGGCGACAAGAAACAAAAGAAGAUCAUCAUGAACGACGACGAAAAGUUUGACGAAAAGAUGAUUCCGCUCAAGAAAUGGAGUGUCUAUGAGCAAGAGCUUUGGGAGAUGGGAUCUACGGGCUCGCGCGAGACUGGUGUCACCGGCCAUAGCUAUCGCAGUUACUAUUCGCAAGGAGGUGCUCCUCCAAUGGUUCCUGGUUCAGGUGGUUCGGUGAUCUAUGAUAAUCGUACCAUGUAUGGCGGUGGUUCGCAAGCCGGUGGUGAUUAUGAUUAUUAUCGCGACACGCAAGUCGCUUCUGAUCCAACACGACGACCACGGUCCAAGAGUCCCAUGCUCGGUGGUGCGCCAGUGGGAGGAGGCGGCUAUGCUGGUUCAGUGAUUGCUGGAUCCGAGUAUGGUGGUGGCGAAUACCUGAUGACGCCUCAAAUGAACCGUGGCUCCCGCACACUCUCUGUAAAUAGCUUUGGUAGUCCGGACAUGAUGAUGCAACAACAACAACAACAACAAAUGGAUCAACGAGGCAGCUUUAUGCCGCCCAUGGACCAGCGUGGCAGUGUCAUGCCGCCUAUGCCACCGAUGGACCAGCGAGGAAGCUUUAUGCCACCGAUGGACCAACGAGGAAGCUUCAUGCCGCCUUCAAAUAACCAGCAAGGACAAUGGGGCCAAUACCCACAUUAA